CCCGCCCUAUUUACCCUGUCACUCAUAGGGGGUGGGGUUUGUCUUGCAGAUAAAGUGGACGAGGUGUCACCUUCCCAGAAGGCCGUGGACAAUAAGGUGGCCACCAUUAAGCCACGCCCCUCCAGCCGCUGUUUGGUCACGCCUACUGACAUGAAUGUGAGUUACUCCACACAGUAUAAUAUAUGCCAUUUAGCAGACGUUUCUAUCUAAAGCAAUGUACAGUACGGGAUUGGUCAAUACUUAUUGUUUUGUGGAUAUGUCAAACUCUAACCCUACCCAACUCUGGUUUACAGUCCAUGUACGACCGCCAGGGUGGUGUGGCAGUGGUACCACCCACCGUGCCAGGCAGUCCUAGAGGGGGGGCAUUCCUGGGCAUACUUGCCAAGGGUGGCACCAUGAGGAGACAGAAGUCCAUAGGUGUGUGUGUGUGUGUGUGUGUGUGUGUGUGUGUGUGUGUGGGUGGUGUGUCUAGUGUAUGGCUCCACUUUACCAUGAUUACCGUUUCCAGAGAGUUCACUUCAGAGAGUAACUGGCUUCAUUAAGUGUGAUAAUGGAGAAAUUAGAGUGAUCCACUUGCCAAAUUGUGCUCUGAGGCGACAAUAUUAUAACCCAUUACCCAUACGCUGCAACCACAGUCUAUGAUGAAGCAAUAGUAUUUAAUAGAAACUAAUUCUAUUCAUGGUCCAUCCAAUUCAUCACGCCACUCAGAGCCGAUAGUAGCCCAAAGGCAGGUCUGUGUGUUAUGACUGCACUAGCUUCAGUAGCUAGUAACUUCAGUAUAUGCAGUAGCUUGAGCAUACUUUGUAAUAUCUGGAACAUAGAAGGCAAUCCUCACACCUGACCCAUAGACAACUUCCUAAAACUGAUUACAGAAUAAAAAAAGUUAAGUGAACUAUCCCCAAAAUGUAUCUCGAUAAGAAAGGUGAAAUGGAAUAGAAUCACACAUGUAAAAUUGACAGAUAUCUCUUUCUCUCUCUGUCCAUCUCUCAUUCUCUCUCUUUAUUUCUCUCUCUCUCAGGUAUAACAGAAGAGGAGAAGACCCUCCUCACCCCUCCCCCGCUCAAGUUCACCCGCAGCCUCUCCAUGCCAGACACGUCCGAGGACAUCCCCCCUCCCCCGGCCAUCUCCCCCCCGUCGCCCCCCUCCUCCUACAACUCUUCCUCCAUCUCCCCCACGCCACGGGGCUACGGCACCACCCGACCGGGCCUCACCCUCAACUCCGCUGGAAAAUGUUCCAACGCCACUACCCUAGGCAACCGCACGGUAGAUGUAGGGACGCUAAGGCGAGGUUAUCACCGCCAGAGCUCAGAACAGUACGAUAGUAGAAGCCGAGGACGGGCGCCCGUGCCCGAGAACCCGUACUCGGAGGUGGGCAACAAGGCGCUGUACGUGCCCGCCAAGCCAGCGAGGAGGAAGGGCAUGCUGGUCAAGCAGCCCAAUGUGGAGGACAGCCCAGAGAAGACCUGCUGUGCCCCGCACUCAGGUGCCGUUUCCAUGCCGACCACACCCACUGAGAGGACCGUCUCGUCCAUUCCCAUCCCCACCAUCAUCGUCAAGGAGCCGUCCACCAGUAGCAGUGGAAAGAGCAGCCAGGGCAGCAGUAUGGAGAUCGAGCCCACCACACCCGAACACCCAACAUUAACGCCUGGGGCAGGGGGCAGGGGGCUGAGGCCUGAAGACCCCAUUGUCAACAACCCCUUUGCGGCUGCCAUCGCAGGGGCAGUGAGGGACCGGGAGAAGAGGCUGGAGGCGCGGAGGAACUCGCCCAGCUUCCUCUCCACCGACAUGGGGGAUGAGGACUUGGGAGACCCUGCCCCGCGCCUACGCCAGUCCAAGUCCAUCGACGAGGGGAUGUUCAGCAACGACGAGCACCUGCAGAGGAUAAUGGCGCCCCCGCCGGCCGCCACCCUGCUGCGGUCCCAAGAAGAGGGUGACCGUGGGGGUAACGUGACAGACUUCAACACCCCUGAGCCCGCCCAGGUGGUGAGGGAGCCCCUGACCGCGCGUACCGGCCAGUACCCCAACCUGGACAGCCCCGUCAGUCUCCCGGCCACCUACAGCUCCAACGGAGGAGGGGGCUACCUGCACCCCGUCACGGGUAAGGCCCUGGACCCUAACUCGCCCCUCGCCCUGGCGCUGGCGGCCCGGGACAGAGCCAUGAAGGAGCAGACGCAAACGACCAUGGCGACGCAAGCCCCACCCCCUUCUCAACCUCAUCCACGUCCCAAGAGCGAUGCCCCCCAGUCCCUUCCCCCCAACCCCCAACAAACAUGGCCUCAAUCAACCCCUCUUCAUCGAUACCAAGCUCCGCUCCAGCAUUGAGGCGGGCUUCGCCACCUCCACGACAACCCUGGGGCGAGGCAGAGGGGGGGGUCUUAGGAGGCAGAUGACGGAGCAGAAUUACGAGUUGGACGGAGCGAGGGAGGAGAGGCAGCAGGCGGUGGAGGAUGGGAAGAGCAUACAGAUUGACGUUGUGGACACGUCACAACCGCAGAAAGCGGCCGGGCUGCUGAUGGUGCACACCAAAAACAGCCCAGAGGGGGACGACAGGGGGCAGGAGAACACACCAGCCCAGGACAACAGCAUCCCCAGCGAACUGAGAGACCCCAACCAGCCAAACCCCUCCACCAACAGCCACAGUACCAAACCCCUGCCCCCCGUGCCGCGGGGGAAGAGCAUCACAGCUGGGGAAUCGGUGGACGAGCCAGUCAAGCUGCCCUUCCGCAUGCCCCCUCCCCCACUGGCCUCGGUGGACAUCGAGGAGGUGGAGGAGUUUGUCUUCUCCGAGCCCCUGCCGCCGCCGCUGGAGUUCGCCAACAGCAUCGACAUCCCUGAGGACCAGGCAACGACCAUCGCUGAGUUGCUCAAGCAACGGGACCAAGAGAGACGCAACGGGAUGGGGGCCAGGGGACCACAUCCACCUUCCUACUACACCCACGCCCCGCCCCCUGUCGGCCAGUUCAGACGGGGGAGCGGGAUGUCCAACUGCGUGCCCCCACCCUCCUACCCCCCUCCGCCCCCCGAUGGUGGCUUUGAGCAAGGUGUCACUGACUCAGGCAUCGAGGAGGUAGACAGUCGCAGCAGUGGAGACCCCCAUAUGGAGACUACCAGCACCGUUUCCACAGUUUCCAGCAUCUCUAUACUGUCGUCGGAGGGUGGGUACAACAACGCCCAGGAGAACACUUCUAUGGUCUAUACUGACGGCCAGGCUUACCUUGACGACCGACCACCCGUUCCCCCCAAGCCAAAAAACAAGCCCGUCAUCAACAAGAACACUGCACUUUACCACGACGUCCUCAUGGAGGAAUCCCUGGACUCCUUCGGGGCGCCCCCUCCCCCUCCACCCGGGUCCAUGUCCCCCCCGGACCUCCCCUGGACCCCCACCCAUCGGUCGUCCAAGCUGUGGGGCGAACCCCCGGAGCUAAGGAGCCCACCCACGCCCGACCCCAAGGCCACGGUUAUCAACGAGCUGAGCUCCAUCUUAUCACAGAUGCACCGGCCCAAACCGGGGGACUCCCUGGACUCACCCACCACAGGGGCCAGGGGCGGCUUUGGAACCAGGUAACACAUAAAUCUACAUUACCUUUGACCUUUAGCACUUACGCUGACACCUCUAACCUUUGACCUUUAAACAAACCCCUACCCUCCAUCUCCAAAGAGCCAAACUGUGGGCAUUAAGAAUGUUAGAAUGUCUAUAUUUUCUAUUUUUAUAUAUCCAUUUACUGAUCAAAUAUUCCCUCUAAAACCGCAACCAACCAAUAGUCAUUUGGGAACAUGCCAUAGGUCAUGCGUGCAUUGUGUAUGUUAUGUUGGACCUCCAUUAAGGGGCAUUAGCCAAGUUGUCAUAUGGGCAGAAAGACUCUGAGAUGUCAAUGGUCUUAUUGAGGAGGGAGCAUAAACAUGCUGUGCCAGCUGGAGCUCUGGCCAUUGCCAAUACGGUUGAUGCCGUAGUUGAUGUAAUGGUGGUAGUAGGCUUAGUAGUGCUAAAUACUAGGCCUUCCACAGCAGAAUCAGCCAAGGGUCAUGCCGUGGUGUGGAAUGCUGCUGAGUUUUACAUUAUCUUGGAUGUUCUAUGUCCUGUUUUGUCAAUUUGAGAGGGGAAGGUGUUUAGUAGACAUCACAACAAGGUGAUGAGACUGUGUGUGGGUUGUGGUCAAUUCUAAUUGAAAGCAGUCAAUUCGAAAGUGAUUUGAAUUUAAAAUAAAAAAUGGAAAAACUUUAAAUAAAUAGCUUCUCAUUUUCAUUUUAUUGAGAAGUCAUUGAAAAUAGAUGUCAUUUUUUCAAUGAAUUAAUAAAUUCAGUUUGCUUCCUGAAUUGACAGCCUUCAUUUCGAAUUGACCCCAACCCUGGUGUGUGUGUGUGUGUGUGUGUGUGUGUGUGUGUGUGUGUGUGUGUGUGUGUGCAUUCUUUCAGGUAGCUCAUGCUUUUUAAAACUGUCCUCCCUCUUUCAUAAUGAAGAAUAAAAAAAUAUGUUAAAUUAUUCACGAGUCACAUGCAUUUUGUAUGAAAUGGACCAUCCUUCAUCGCUCAGGUGUAAAGGGGAGGAAAAAGAGAAAUAUAUAUGUCCUCCUCCUUUCUCUUUAUCUCUGUCUCCUCUUCCCCCUGUCUGUAUCUCAUUAAGAUGAGGAUGGGAGGGGGUGUUAGUAUUUAAGUAAGAGGGGUUGGCUCUUUGCUCUAUUUCUAAGAGGAGGUUAGAGGUGGGUUUCUGCUCUACUUGUGUUGACAAGAAAUGGUUGCCUGACGACUUAAAAUGAAUUCUUCCACUACUCUAUGUUUGCUACAUAAUUCAGUCUGAGACUGCCAUCAUUGAAGCAAAUGGUGACGUCAAAAUGAGGGGUGUUGUACAAAACAAAGUCAUCAACGAUUGGAUCGGCAUCCAGAGGUUUAAGAGUAGAGGCAGCUGCACCUUGUUGAAUAGUAUCACCAUAAUCAAGAACAGGUAGAAAGGUUGACUGCACAAUCUGCUUCCUGCUGACUAGAGAGAGACAAUAUAUUUUUCUGUUGCCUCUGAGAAUUCCAUUAAAAUACAUUUCAAUUCAAGAAGCUUUAUUUAUUUAUUGGCAUGUGAUAGGUUUUUAUUAUGACAGAUAAGACAAGAGGGUGCCCUGUAGCGUUGAGGUCUUUCUGGGAGCUGUUAGGUCUAAUAGAUUAAAGAGUCCUCAGUGUUUGACUAUGGAAUGUGUUAGAGAAUGUGUUUUUGUCACCAAAGCCCCAUAUACUACCCACCACUGUGAUCUGUACGCUCUUGUUGGCUGGUCCUCACUACAUAUUAGUCGCCAAACCCACUGGCUCCAGGCCAUCUAUAAAUCACUGCUAGGCAAAUCCCCGCCUUAUCUUAGCUCAUUGGUCACCAUAGCAGCACCCACCCAUGGUAUGUGCUCCAGCAGGUAUAUCUCACUGGUCAUCCCCAAAGCCAACACCUCCUUUGGCCGCCUUUCCUUCCAGUUCUCUGCUGCCAAUGACUGGAACGAACUGCAAAAAUGUCUGAAGCUGGAGACUCUUAUCUCCCUCACUAACUUUAAGCAUCAGUUGUCAGAGCACCUUACCGAUCACUGCACCUGUACACAGCCCUUCUGAAAUUAGCCCACUCAACUACCUCAUCCCCAUAUUGUUAUUUAUUUUGCUCAUUUGCACCCCAGUAUCUCUAUUUGCACAUCAUCUCUUGCACAUCUAUCAUUCCAGUGUUAAUACUAAUUGUAAUUAUUUUGCACUAUGGCCUAUUUAUUGCCUUACCUCCAUAACUUGCUACAUUUGCACACACUGUAUAUAUAUUUUCUGUUGUAUUUUUGACUUUAUGUUUUGUUUUACCCCAUAUGUAACUCUGUGUUGUUGUUUUUAUCGCACUGCUUUGCUUUAUCUUGGCCAGGUCGCAGUUGUAAAUGAGAACUUGUUCUCAACUGGCUUACCUGGUUAAAUAAAGGUUAAAUAAAGGUGAAAUAAAUAAAGAGCCAGAAGGGAGAGAGUGGCCUAUAUAGCUACCUGGUUGAAAAAACACUCCCCCAGCCUAGUGCAGUUACUUCUCCAGUGUUUUAAUUUUAAAUUCAAGUUUUAUUUUUAGGGGGUAGAUCAGCUUUAAUAUUGCAGACAGACUGUGGCUUCUAUCAAUGUAAUUGUCUGCAUCAUUUCCAAUCCCCCAUAUAUAUUGUUUUGUAUAUAUACAGUACCAGUCAAAAGUUUGAACACACCUACUCAUUCCAGGGUUUUUCUUUAUUUUUUACUAUUUUCUACAUUGUAGAAUAAUAGUGAACACAUUUUUAUUCAUCACCAUUUUCUUUAACCAAUUUUGGUGUUUAAUGCAGGGCCGACAGACAAGUUCCUUACCUUUUCCCCCUUCCACUUGCCUCCUCCUUUUUUGCGGUAAUGCUGCAAUCAGUUGGUUGUAAUUUUGGAUAGAGCAGACAUUUCCAUAUAUUUUUGCUAACUGCAUGUGUGACAUAACUCCACCAGUCCUAUUUAUGAUAUAAUUUACAAAGACUAUACAGUUGUCUUUUUUCAUUCAAAAAUGAUUUUUUAUAAUUUAGUCUAUUUGAGUUUAACCAUAAUAUUUGUUGUAAUAUUUGUUCUGUCUUUUCUGGUGGAUUAAAGGGAAAUUGCAACCAGCUUUCUAUGGCUUGUUUUAAAAAUAGCAAUAUUUUGGAGAUGAUUUCAUUUUCAAAUAACCGAAAGUGAGAGGUUGUAAUCUGAAUAAAGGGAAAAAGGGCGAUUCUUAAACACGGGGUAAGCCGUUCUUACUAAUCUGCUAGAGAACCAGUUCGGAUUUAAAUAUAGCUUUUGUAUGACUGAAGCCUUUAGUGAGAGGUACAAUGCUUUCAUAUUUAAUCAUUUCUGCUCUCCGAGUUCAUAUUCAUUAUAUAAAUAGGCCUGUUUAGUUUUGUCUGGCUUGCUGUUCCAAAUAAAGUGGAAUAUAUUUUGCUCAUAUAAUUUAAAAACAAGUCAUUAGGUGUAGGCAGGGCCAUAAGUACUGGGAUAUGACUAAAGAGUUAAUCAGGGUGAUGUUUCCACAAAUAGACAGGUAUUGUCCUUUCCAUGGUAGCAAGAUCUUAUCUAUUUUUGCAAACUUUCUAUUAAAAUGUAUUGUAGUGAGAUUAUUUAUUUAUUUCAGGAUAUUAAUAUUGUCCAGUGUUUGCAGAUCUGUUUGUGGACUAGGUAUGAGUAAAUGAUAUGGUGAUGGUUUACACUACACCUAUCCUUCCAAUGCACUGACCAGAGCUUCCUUCCGCUAUAUUGCUUACAGCUUUCUGGUUCCCCACAGAUCUGCAAACACAGAAGAGAUAGGGGCUAAGGAAAGGUUGGAGGUCAGGGAAGAGUUAGGUGUUUGGGACUGGCAUAUUCUGUCCAUUUCAAGCUGAUUGAUUAGAAUAAGUUGGACCAAUGAUAUUGACUGAGUCAGAGUCCACAUGAUUGGAUAGAGGCGACAACGUGCCGUUUCACUGAGUAAAAAAAAAUAAAUAACUUGUUAUUGAAAACCGAUAUACUACAUAUUGUAGGUUAAAGGGAAAGGUGGCACUGUACUGCAUAGUACAGCCUGAGGGAAGGAGAGAGAUCAUAUAGAACAGUUGAAGUGAGGAAGCGUGUGAGGGAGCAGGUAGCAGAAGGGGCAAGGUGCCCUGUAUCUGAGCACAUGGAGCAGAUGGAUAUGAAAGAGAGGGUGGCCUAUAUUAUCUCUAUCUCUCUCUCUCUCUCUCUCUCUCUCUCUCUCUCUCUCUCUCUCUCUCUCUCUCUCUCUCUCUCUCUCUCUCUCUGUCUCGCUCUCUCUCUCUCUCUUUCUCUCUCUCUGUCUCUCUCUCUCUCUCUUUCUCUCUCUCUGUCUCUCUCUCGGGCCUUCCAUCUCUCUUUAUGUCUCUGUAUCUCUCUCUCUCUGUCUGUUUCUUUUUGUCUCAGUUUCUCUCCCCCUUCUCUCUCUCUCUCUCUCUCUCUCCCCCUCUCUCUCUCUGACUUCGACAGGGUCAUAAGAAACAGUCUCUCUCCGUCUUAAGCGUUCAGCACAGCAGAACCAGCCUAGAUUUGCACUUCCUCCUUUUUAGCAUUCGUACAUUUUUUUACCUUUCAAUUUUAUCCCCGUCUUUUAGGUUCACAGAUUAGUGCGCCAGCGAAUGAAAGGGGUUGCCUAGCAACGAGUUGAUGAGAGCAGCCUUGAGGCCCGCUGGAGUGAUGUCAGUCCGAUUAUAGUGUCGGGGGGGGAGGGUCUUGGGGGCUAACUCUCAGUAGGGUUCAGCGUCAUCACAGUGUGCACAUUCACAUCACGUGUAACCUCCUUUACUAGGCCACGGUUACAUAACAUAUCGGAGUGUUUGUGAGACUAAGUGUGUGAUUCUGUGUGUGAGUGCAUGCAGGCGUGCAUGUGUGAGGGUGUAUGGUGAGAUGGAGAAAGAGUAUCUUGACUGUUUUUGUGUGUGCAUUCGUAUGUGUAUGCAUGUGUACAGUACAGUAUAUCUAUAAUGGUUAAAUUCACUGCACUAUGGCCUCCCAAGUGGCACAGCUGUCUAAGGCACUGCAGAUCCGGGUUCGAUCCCAGGCUGUGUCGCAGCCGGCCGCGACUGGGAGACCCAUGAGCCGGCUGGGAUGUCCUUGUCCCAUCGCGCUCUAGCGACUCCUUGUGGCAGCCGAGCGCAUGCACGCUGACUUCGGUCGCCAGCUGUACAGUGUUUCCUCCGACACAUUAUUAUGCUGGCUUCCGGGUUAAGCGAGCAGUGGGUCAAGAAGCAGUGCGGCUUGGUGGAGUCGUGUUUCGGAGUACGCAUGGCUCUCGACCUUCGCCUCUCCCGAGUCCGUACGAGAGUUGCAGCGAUGGGACAAGACUGUAACUACCAAUUGGAUAUCACGAAAUUGGGGACAAAAAGGGGUACAAAGUACAAACUAGAAAUGUUUAUAUCAUUUCACUGCACUAAUAAGUUCAAGCAUUCAGUACUAACUCUGUAGAAAAUGGCUCAGAUGAUGCUGUGUAUGCUCUCUAAUGACACAGUCAAAGCAGAGCCAUUUAUACACAGUAAAACCAUUCAGCUUCUGGGCUGUUAUAUGGAAGGUUGGAGUGAUAGCUUGGUCACUAAACUCGAUAAGCAAGCAAGCAAGUCAGAAAAUAUCAUUUCUGGUAUCAUUGCUGGAUAAUGUUUGGUGUGUGUGCGCGAUGAGCGCACACAUGCAUAUGUGUGUGGUGUGUCUGCAUGUGUGUGUGCGUGCCCGUGUGUGUGGUCAAGGGUGUGUUUUGCUCUGUCACAGUAGGCUAUUGACACCCUCAUCCCUCUCCUACCUCGUCAGCCUGAUGGUAUUGAUUGUGAUCACAGGUUCAACAGCAAAGUAUUGAUCUGUUAGAAAUGGAUCAGUGGGUCAGAUAACGAAGCAUCAACUUUUAUUAUGCAAAGCUGCUCAAGUGCAUUCAUUGGGCAUAUACAGUACAGGGGCAUGCACAGUAUAUGUGAAAUAGACCAGACUAUGACUGUUAGAGGAAAUUAUGACUGUGAAGUGAAUUAUUUGUUUCCCAUCUUCACAAGCAGGGAAUCACAUUGGCGUGAGUUGUCAGUUUAGAAGGACGUAUGUUCGUUCUUCACUGCAUUUUGUCACAUUUUCUUUCUCACUUUUUUCCCCUUUCUGUGUGUGUGUGUGCGUGCGUGCGUGAUUGUGUCUCUCCAUGUGUUUUGUUCAUGUGUCCUCUGUUUCACUCAAUCUCUCACUCCAUCCUCCUUACUCCAUCACGAUGACUUCCUGUGGAAAAGCUGGUGCUGAAAAAACAAGCUGUAAGUUUUACCCAUGGUGCUACAGGUCCAGAGGAGGGACUGAGUGCUUUCACAUUGGCCCAAUUCCAUUUGGGCCAAAUAACGCCCUUGCCCAAUUCACUUCCCCUCCCUAACUUCCCUCAGGGUUAUCCAUAUAGUACGAGGGAAAGAGGGGACAACCAACCCGGUCAUCAAGGGCUGCUGUGUCUUCUGGUUUUGUCCAUACUUAGGAGUGUAAUUACAGUAUAUUAAAUUACUUCUACACAUAUAUUAGUUGAUGAAUUAGCAGGCAUUGCAGCCCUUCAGAGCCCGAUCAGUAUGGAACCACAGAAGGAAGUUUAGAGGGGGAAUUGAAUGAGGGUGUUAAUCUGAAUGGAAUGGAGCAUAGUUUUGUGUGUUUUUGGGGGAGGUGAUGGGUUUGCCCUGUGUGUCCCUGCUCUCACUCCAUACGCCUCUUCAUCCAUCUCCCCAUCGAUCCAUCACUCCAUCUGACGCUGCACAAAUCUCUGUGGUCCGUGGGGGGCUGAUAUGUACACUACACACUACACUGUUCGUAAAAAUGUUACAUUUACAUUAGAUUGCAUACCAGAUCUAGGUUCUGUCUUCUCUCCCUCUUGUGUUGAGUCUCAAGCCCACUGCAUGUUUGUGCUAGGUAUAUUUUUUUGUGAGUUGAGGAUACUGUGAUGCUGAAGCCAGAUGGUCAAAUGGUAUUUUUCUGAAAUUAACUGUUGGACAUGAAAGUAAUAAUCACUUCAUAAUGAUUAUUCCCAGCUGAGCUGACCUCAAAUACUGUAUAAUCCUCUUCCUCGAUAUGUUGCAUUGUUGUUCUAUGAACAGUUCAACUACCAAAAGACUUGUAUGAACGCAUGCACAUAGAUGUACUCUCUAAACACGCACACACACACUCAGAGAUAGAGUGAAUCACAUUAGGACAUGCUCUGUGGACUUAAUGCUGCAAGCUUCCCUCCGGCCUCAGUGCACUCUGAGUUAUUUUUUUCUACAUGCAAUGUAUUGUGUGUGUGUGUGUGUGUGUGUGUGUUCGUGUGUGUUCCUGGUUGUCGGCAUUCUUCUCGUAAACAGAAUUUGUCACUGUUACUGUUACUGUUUUGUUAGACUUCAGUGCGGCUUUUGACAUUAUCAAUCAUAGUCUGGUGCUGGAAAAAUGUAUGUGUUAUGCCUUUACACCCCCUGCUAUAUUGUGGAUAAAGAGUUACCUGUCUAACAGAACACAGAGGGUGUUCUUUAAUGGAAGCCUCUCCAACAUAAUCCAGGUAGAAUCAGGAAUUCCCCAGGGCAACUGUCUAGGCCCCUUACUUUUUUCAAUCUUUACUAACGACAUGCCACUGGCUUUGAGUAAAGCCAGUGUGUCUAUGUAUGCGGAUGACUCAACACUAUACACGCCAGCUACUACAGCGACUGAAAUGACUGCAACACUUAACAAAGAGCUGCAGUUAGUUUCAGAAUAGGUGGCAAGGAAUAAGAUAGUCCUAAAUAUUUCCAAAACUAAAAGCAUUGUAUUUUGGACAAAUCAUUCACUAAACCCUAAAUCCUAAACCUCAACUCAAUCUUAUAAUGUGGAAAUUGAGCAAGUUGAGGUGACUAAACUGUAUGGAGCCACCCUGGAUUGUAAACUGUCAUGGUAAAAACAUGAUGAUACAACAGUAGCUAAGAUGGGGAGAAGUCUGUCCAUAAUAAAGCGCUACUCUGCCUUCUUAACAACACUAUCAACAAGGCAGGUCCUACAAGCCCUAGUUUUGUUGGACAUGGACUACUGUUCAGUCGUGUGGUCAGGUGCCACAAAGAGGGACUUAGGAAAAUUACAAUUGGCUCAGAACAGGGCAGCACAGCUGGCCCUUAAAUGUACACAGAGAGCUAACAUUAAUAAUACGCAAGUCAAUCUCUCAUGACUGUGGAGAGAGAGUGGAGGAGAGAUUGACUUCAUUUUUGUAAGAAGUGUUGACAAGCUAGCACACCAAUGCAUACCCCACAAGACAUGCCACCAGAGGUCUCUUCACAAUCCCCAAGUCCAGAACAGACUAUGGGAAGCGCACAAUACUACAUAGAGCCAUGAAUACAUGGAACUCUAUUCCACAUCAGAUAACUGAUGCAAGCAGUAGAAUCAGAUUUAAUAAACAGAUAAAAAUACACCUUAUGGAACAGUGUGUACUGUGAAGAGACACACAUACACAGGUACAGACACACGCACACGCACACAAACGCUAGCGCAUGCACUCUACACUCACGUACAGUACAUUGUAAUAUUGUUGUAUGGUGGUAUUAUACAUUUUGUAUUGUAGAUAGGUAGUGGUGUAAUAAUGUUGUAUGAUGUACUGUUUUAUCCUUUGUUUUAUGUGUGAUGUAAGUGCCUUAAUGUGUUUGGACCCCAGGAAAAGUAGUUGCUGCCUUGACAGCAGCUAAUGCGGAUCCCUAAUAAAUACAAAUACUGUAUUGUGAACCUUAGAGGGAAUGCCAGCUGAAAUAUGCUAUGGUGAAAAUCACAUGAGAUAUAGGUUUAUUUCAAUUUAAAUUAAUUCCCCAGUCAAAUAAGCCACAUCCAAAUGACAGUGUUUUUUUUUACCAAUGAUGUAUAUAAACCCUUGAUUGCGGAUGCUAUGUAUUGGCCAUUGAGAGGCUUUGAAGCCACCGGUCGGCCAUAUUGGCACUCCCCAGAAGGAGCUGUCAUCCAUAGGAAUUAAGGGAAUUCUACAGUUUUUCAAUUAAUUGUUUCAAGGACAGAAUUACAGUGAGGGGGAAAAAAGUAUUUGAUCCCCUGCUGAUUUUGUACGUUUGCCCACUGACAAAGACAUGAUCCGUCUAUAAUUUUAAUGGUAGGUUUAUUUGAACAGUGAGAGACAGAAUAACAACAAAUAAAUCCAGAAAAAAUGCAUGUAAAAAAUGUAAUAAAUUGAUUUGCAUUUUAAUGAGGGAAAUAAGUAUUUGACCCCUCUGCAAAACAUGACUUAGUACUUGGUGGCAAAACCCUUGUUGGCAAUCGCAGAGGUCAGACGUUUCUUGCAGUUGGCCACCAGGUUUGCACACAUCUCAGGAGGGAUUUUGUCCCACUCCUCUUUGCAGAUCUUCUCCAAGUCAUUAAGGUUUCGAGCCUGACGUUUGGCAACUCAAACCUUCAGCUCCCUCCACAGAUUUUCUAUGGGAUUAAGGUCUGGAGACUGGCUAGGCCACUCGAGGACCUUAAUGUGCUUCUUCUUGAGCCACUCCUUUGUUGCCUUGGCCUUGUGUUUUGGGUCAUUGUCAUGCUGGAAUACCCAUCCACGACCCAUUUUCAAUGCCCUGGCUGAGGGAAGGAGGUUCUCACCCAAGAUUUGACGGUACAUGGCCCUGUCCAUCGUCCCUUUGAUGCGGUGAAGUUGUCCUGUCCCCUUAGCAGAAAAACACCCCCAAAGGAUAAUGUUUCCACCUCCAUGUUUGACGGUGGGAUGGUGUUCUUGGGGUCAUAGGCAGCAUUCCUGCUCCUCCAAACACGGCGAGUUGAGUUGAUGCCAAAGAGCUCGAUUUUGGUCUCAUCUGACCACAACACUUUCACCCAGUUCUCCUCUGAAUCAUUCAGAUGUUAAUUGGCAAACUUCAGACAGCCAUGUAUAUGUGCUUUCUUGAGCAGGGGGACCUUGCUGGUGCUGCAGGAUUUCAGUCCUUCACAGCGUAGUGUGUUACCAAUUGUUUUCUUGGUGACUAUGGUCCCAGCUGCCUUGAGAUCAUUGACAAGAUCCUCCUGUGUAGGAGCUGAUUCCUCACCGUUCUCGUGAUCAUUGCAACUCCACGAGGUGAGAUCUUGCAUGGAGCCCCAGGCUGAGGGAGAUUGACAGUUCUUUUGUGUUUCUUCCAUUUGCGAAUAAUCGCACCACCUGUUGUCACCUUCUCACCAAGCUGCUUUGCUAUGGUCUUGUAGCCCAUUCCAGCCUUGUGUAGGUCUACAAUCUUGUCUCUGACAUCCUUGGAGAGGUCUUUGGUCUUGGCCAUGGUGGAGAGUAUGGAAUCUGAUUGAUUGAUUGCUUCUGUGGAUAGGUGUCUUUUAUACAGGUAACAAGCUGAUAUUAGGAGCACUCCCUUUAAGAGUGUGCUCCUAAUCUCAGCUCGUUACCUGUAUAAAAGACAACUGAGAGCCAGAAAUCUUUCUGAUUGAGAGGGGGUCAAAUACUUAUUUCCCUCAUUAAAAUGCAAAUCAAUUUGUAACAUUUUUGACAUGCAUAUUUAUGGGUUUUUGUUUUGUUAUUCUGUGUCUCACUACCAUUAAAAUUAUAGACUGAUCAUUUCUUUGUCAGUGGGCAAACGUACAAAAUCAGCAGGGGAUCAAAUACUUUUUUCCCUCACUGUACUGGGGACAGUAACAUUAGCAAUCUCAAAAACUAUACUUUAAGGAUUUUUUGUAAAUAUAUUUUUUCAUUGUUUACUAUGUUACUUCUGUUUAGCUCCCAUAAUAUAAUUAAAAAGUAUGCAUUAAGGUGUCUGUAAUAGAAUAAAUGUGUCCAAAACGAAUGUAGACAUGAAUAAAUGUAUUUGAGGGAGUGCCAAGAUGUAGGCACGGUGGCUUCAACACAGCGCCGACUACUGUUGUCUAGUGUACAGUGCAUUGGGAAAGUAUUCAGACCCAUUUACUUUUUCCACAUUUUGUUACGUUACAGACGUAUUCUAAAAUGGAUUAAAUUAAUUUUUUUCCUCAUCAAUCUACACACAAUACCCCAUAAUGACAGAGCAAAAACAGGUUUUUAGACAUUUUUGCAAAUGUAUUAAAAAUAAAAACAGAAAUACCUUAUUUACAUAAGAAUUCAGACCCUUUGCUAUGAGACUCGAAAUUGAGCUCAGUUGCAUCCUGUUUCCACUGAUCAUUACAUUUACAUUUACAUUUUAGUCAUUUAGCAGACGCUCUUAUCCAGAGCGACAUACAGUUAGUGAAUACAUAUAUAUAUAUAUAUAUAUAUAUAUAUAUAUUUAUUUCUUUUUUAUACUGGCCCCCCGUGGGAAUCGAACCCACAACCCUGGCGUUGCAAACGCCAUGCUCUAUCAACUGAGCUACAUCCCUGCCGGCCAUUCCCUCCCCUACCCUGGACGACGCUGGGCCAAUUGUGCGCCGCCCAUUAGUCUCCCGGUCGCGGCCGGCUGCGACAGAGCCUGGAUCAUCCUUGAGAUGUUUCUACAACUUGAUUGAAGUCCGCCUGUGGUAAAUUCAAUUGAUUGCACAUGAUUUGUAAAGGCACACACCUGUAUAAGGUCCCACAGUUGACCGUGCAUGUCAGAGCAAAAACCAAGCCAUGUGGUCGAAAGAACUGUCCGUAGAGCUCUGAGACAGGAUUGUGUCGAGGCUCAGAUCUGGGGAAGGGUACCAACAUUUCUGCAACAUUGAAGGUCCCCAAGAACACAGUGGCCUCCAUCAUUCUUAAAUGGAAGAAGUUUGGAACCAUCAAGACUCUUCCAAGAGCUGGCCGCCUGGCCAAACUGAGCAAUCGGGGGUGAAGGGCCUUGGUCAGGAAGGUGACCAAGAACCUGAUGGUCACUCUGACAGAGCUCCAGAGUUCCUCUGUGGAGAUGGGAGAACCUUCCAGAAGGACAACCAUCUCUGCAGCACUCCACCAAUCAGGCCUUUAUGGUAGAGUGGCCAGACGGAAGCCACUCCUCAGUAAAAGGCACAUGACAGCCCACUUGGAGUUUCCCAAAAGGCACCUAAAGGACUCUCAGACCAUGAGAAACAAGAUUCUCUAGUCUGAUGAGACCAAGAUUGAACUCUUUGGCCUGAUUGCCAAGCGUCACAUCUGGAGGAAACCUGGCACCAUCCCUACGGUGAAGCAUUUUGGUGGCAGCAUCGUGCUGUGGGGAUGUUUUUCAGCGGCAGGGACUGAGAGACUAGUAAGGAUCGAGGGAAAGAUGAAUGGAGCAAAGUACAGAGAUCCUUGAUGAAAAACUGCUCCAGAGCACUCAGGACCUCAGACUGGGGUGAAGGUUCACCUUCCAACAGGACAACGACCCUAAGCACACAGCCAAGACAACGCAGGAGUGGCUUCGAGACAAGUCUCUGAAUAUUCUUGAGUGGCCUAGCCAGAGCCCGGACUUGAACCCGAUCGAACAUCUCUGGAGAGACCUAAAAAUAGCUGUGUAGCGACACUCCCCAUCCAACCUGACAGAGCUUGAGAGGAUCUGCAGAGAAGAAUUGGAGAAACUCCCCAAAUACAGGUGUGCGAAGUUUGUUGCGUCAUACUCAAGAAGACUCGAGGCUGUAAAUGCUGCCAAAGGUGCUUCAACAAAGUACUGAGUAAAGGGUCUGAAUACUUAUGUAAAUGUCAUAUUUCAUUUUUUUCAUUUUAAUACAUUUGCAAAAAAUAUUCUGUUUCUUUAAAAGAAUGACCACCGGUCAGGAGGAUACAGACAGCUCAAGAGAUAUGCUUAGAUAUGCAGAAAAAUUAACAUAUUUUUUACCAAAAAUUAAGCAUAAUGAUUAUGGCUCUAGAUUGCAGGAAAAUGCUUUUUCAGGUGUUUGAAAAAGUCUAAAUAUGGACCACCUACUUGGUACAUAGGAGACUGUUAAAUACCAGUGAAGUAAAGUAAGGUUUAGGUAAAAAUCCACUGACAACACUGCACCCUAGUGGCUCUUUCAGGUAUGUCAUUAUAAUUCUGUGCUUAGAUUAGUAAAAUACUGUAUGUUCAUGAACUUCGUGUUUAUUUUGAAAGCUCUAGGCGAUCCCCACUUCCACACCAAGCCUCAGCAGGUUUGCCACACGUCAAGGUCAGCGAACACUACAUCCAUUUUACACCAGCCAGGUCUGAACACACACACACACACCCACACACAAAUGCUGUAGUUGUGGGGUUGUGAGUCACAUGUGGAGGGGGAGGAGUCUGCUUCUUGCCGGAGGUUUCUAUCUGGCCAAGAUUCUCUAGGUUGCCAUGGUCCUCUUUGGUUGCCAUGUUCUGAUCAUUAUGGUCUGGAUUAGUUUGGUACAGCCACUCUAUACCAUAGUUCAUCACUGUGCCGUACAAAUGGUAGGUUCUCAUGAUCUCUCUUUUCUCCCUCUAUUUUUUUCUUUCUCUUUCUCUCUCUCUUUCACUCUCUCUCUCUCUCUCUCUCGCUCUCUCCAGCUCUCCAGCCUCAGGAAGCCAGCGGAACUCCAGUGUGUCCUUUGGCCUGCCCCCCUCCUCCUGCACCCCUCCUUCCAGCCUGCCCCCUCACCUCUGCAGCCCCCCGGACACCUCGUCCCUCUCCUCGCCCCCCUGCCCCUCCUCUUUACCCCACUCUGCCUCGCCCAGCCUCAGCGACAUCUUCGGUCUGCCCAACCCGCCCAUGGGGAGUGCGAGUGGCUUCGGCAGCAUGGGCGGUAGCCUUGGUGGAGGGUCCUCGUGCAGUGGCUCGCGCUCCCCCUCGCCGCUCACCCUAAUGCAGGCCGUAGCCGCCUCGGGCAAGCCCUUCGCCUCCAAGCCCGUGGAGCUGUGGAGCAAGCUGGACGUGGCCGACUGGCUGGACAGCCUGAAUCUGUCGGAGCAUAAAGACGCCUUCCUAGACAACGAGAUCGAGGGCGCCCACCUGCCCUCGCUGCAGAAAGAGGAUCUGAUUGACCUGGGGGUGACGCGGGUGGGCCACCGCAUGAACAUCGAGAGGGCCCUCAAAAUGCUGCAGGACAGA